UUCAGCAUCCCUCCUCGGCGAGGAUCAUAUGGGCUUUUUCCAACACGACCAUUGGCUGUAGUGAAAACAAGUGGGCGUGGACACUGAUGCCUCAAGACUGACUCAACGGUUCACCGGCAAUCUAUUAACUCACACCUAAUUUUUUGAUAGUUUAUCAUCACAAGGAGCGAACCGCACCAACAGUGGAAGCCGUUUUAAGCCCCGUAGGAACCCCAGCGUGCUCUCCUAAGUAAGCUAGUGUCUAGCCGGUGCAGCGUACAAUAAUCCUCCAGAAGAUGAACGGCUAUAACUCUCUUCAUGAUGAAGACUGUUUCCUUUUUACCUCCGAGUCUGUUGGAGAAGGUCAUCCAGAUAAGAUUUGUGACCAAAUCAGUGACGCGGUUCUGGACGCCCACCUCAAGCAGGAUCCUGACGCUAAAGUAGCAUGUGAGACGGUGGCGAAGACGGGCAUGAUCCUGCUGGCCGGGGAGAUCACAUCCAGGGCUCACGUGGACUACCAGAAGAUCGUGAGAGAGACCAUCAAGCACAUCGGCUACGAUGAUUCCUCCAAAGGCUUCGACUACAAGACCUGCAAUGUCCUGGUUGCGUUGGAGCAGCAAUCCCCCGACAUCGCUCAGGGAGUCCAUCUGGACCGCAAGGAGGAGGACGUCGGGGCUGGAGACCAGGGUCUGAUGUUCGGCUAUGCCACCGAUGAGACAGAGGAAUGCAUGCCCCUCACCAUCAUUCUGGCUCACAAACUCAACGCCAAGAUGGCUGAGCUGCGCCGCGAUGGAACCUUGCCCUGGCUACGGCCCGACUCCAAAACCCAGGUGACGGUGCAGUACAGGCAGGACCGCGGGGCCAUGCUGCCCCUGCGCGUGCACACCGUGGUGGUGUCGGUGCAGCACGACGAGGUCGUCUCCCUGGAGGAGAUGCGGGCGUCCCUGAAGGAGCGCGUGGUGCGGGCGGUGGUGCCCCCGGCCUACCUGGACGACGACACCGUCUACCACCUGCAGCCCAGCGGGCGCUUCGUCAUCGGAGGCCCGCAGGGCGACGCCGGCCUCACCGGUCGCAAGAUCAUCGUGGACACCUACGGGGGCUGGGGGGCCCACGGCGGCGGGGCCUUCUCGGGGAAGGACUACACCAAGGUGGACCGCUCGGCUGCCUACGCAGCCCGCUGGGUGGCCAAGUCCCUGGUGAAGGCGGGCCUCUGCAAGCGGGUCCUGGUGCAGGUGGCGUAUGCUAUUGGGGUGGCCCACCCUCUGUCCAUCUCCAUCUUCCACUAUGGGACGUCCGACCGCAGUGAGAGGGAGCUGCUGGACAUCGUCAAGAGGAACUUUGACCUGCGUCCCGGUGUCAUUGUCAGGGAGCUGAAGCUGAAGAGGCCCAUGUACCAGUGCACCGCAGCUUACGGCCACUUCGGACGGGAGGACUUCUCCUGGGAGGUGCCUAAGAAGCUCAAGUACUGAGUACGGGUCCUCUCCCAGCCUCACACCGGUUUGUGUGAUCUCCACCCACUAGGGGGUGCUGUUGUUCCUCCCGUGUUCCUUUCCAUUCUCUCAACCCUCCCCCCUUCCUCACUCCCUCCCGGCCUGGUCCCUAGCACUCACUACUGUGUGCUGUACUUCCCCUUUUUUUUUUAAAGAGAAGGCAACGGAAGGUUCGAUGGCAAAAUAACAACAAUAAUAAUAAUAACCGAUUAUAGAUGAUACAUGAACUUGAUAGAGGUAGUGCCACUGGGUUCAAUUGCAUUAUGAUUUAUAUUUAUAUAGUGGGGAAAGCGUUGAUUAUUUGCGCUUAACAUGUAUUAAACGUUAACAUCAUUCUAUGAAAUAAACCCGAAAGUGUCAGGGCCAAAUACUUGUCAGAGGGCCGGUAAAUAACGAUAAUCAAUGUUUGUGCAGCAGUGUUUUUUUGACUUCUCCUGUUGUUACAGCAGGCUUAUGCCAUAUUUCAGAAGCCUGCUUGCUCUCUCUGUUUCCUGUUCAUAUCACAUUAGCUGACUUCCAAACCGAUAAUGCACUGUAAUCUUGUCUGAUGCAAGAUUAUGUUGCUCUCUCUUUAUUGGCUUGCAGUGUGCCCAAAUGCUCACUGCUGUCGUGUUACACUCCACUCUGUUCUUCUUUCAAAGAUGGAGGUCGCCGUAAAGAUUGUGUAGACCUCCACCCAGAAGGGAGCAAGAGCACCCAUGCUUUUUCCCCAACCACAAGUAGCGUUUUGUCCCUGAUUUAAGCCUUUUACGCUGGAUGCGCAGGCAUCAUACAUGAGAAUGAGCUCCAGUAUGAGGACACAGUGACUUGUUUAAUGGACAGGGAUUCUCUCAACAACGGUCAUGGGCAAUACUUGUGAGCAGGAGAAAAUCCUUGUCCCCUUUUGAUAGUUACAAUUGGUUGGUCACCCAUAACAAGCUUUUUAAAAGUUUCUAGCCAUAACAGAAACAUGACAUUUAUACCCCAAAUACCUCUUUCUUAGAGGAAAGUUAAUGGUCUGGCGGCUUCAAUCUGCACAUGGUAGCGUGCUAAAGCUAGCACCCAUCUACACCCCCCCAAGGAGUUUGACGUAGGCCAACUGUAGAAGCUAUGAACACGAUAGUGGAUGUUGCAGCAGCUGUAAACACAAAGGAGAAGUUUUACAGAGAACUGAGAAGCUGCUAAUAUUAGUCUCUGGGUGCUCACAUGGAUCGCCGCACACCCUUUUACUAUAUUUAUCGACGUGAUGUGAAUGUUUGCAAAAUGUGCUCAGUACCGUCCCGCUGGCCUAUCGGACCACGUUGUAGACAAUCGUGGCCUGCAGAGCUGUGAGUACGGGUGUAGCUACAGAGAAACCCGGCGCAGCCUGCAGGGCACCACCCUUAAGGCCUUUUAGAGCAAUGAACCGGAACACUAAAACUGUCCUUAAUGUUGGUCAGGAGGAGAGGGGGGCAGGGUUCGUAGUGCGUAUGUGUUUGUGUGAGACUGUCUUUAGUUGUUCUUCUUUCGGCUCUGGUACCUAUAUUCACGCUGAGAGAGUUGCUUCCUCAGGAUGCAGCAGCUGUAGUGGUUGCUGUCUUCUCUCCAUUUUGAGUGUGGGUUGGCCUGCGCGUGGUUGACUACAAGAUGGCUGCUGUAGGUGGGGGAAUACCUGAGUUUGAGUCGACGUCCCGUUUUUGCUAAAUCUAGGGAAUAUUUUUGUAGUUUUUCGUCAUAGCGCUACAUUUAGUAGUUGAAAAGAGCAACGUUGGGAUCUUUUGGGUGCAGGGUAGGUUAAAUAACUACAGCGCAGUAUGACGUCUGACUCAUUCCGUGUACAGAGGUGAAUGUUGUAUUUUGUUAAGCGACACCACGAGUCUGGCGCCCACACGUCCGUGUCGGGCUGUAUUCCACUGUAUUAUAUUGAGUGUGGGGAAGGUGUCGUCAGUGUGAUGUGCGUGCAGUGGCCCCUGACGUCUUUGGUGUUCGAGUCCUCGGCCCCACAAUGAGUGACUGUGUGAGGUAACGUGUUGCCGAGCAUUCCGCGGGUCGAUGGGUAUCUCGAACACCACAGGAAGUCUCUCAAACAAAAAAAACCUUUCCACAUAUGGAUCCCUCCGACUGACUGAAGCAGAUUGGCUGGUGUUGUACAGAGAAACCAGCCCGUUUACAUGCUUCUCUGUGGGUUCCUGUUGUUCCACCACCCUUUUUUUUUAUCUCAGUAUUUGUUGCUGUUACAGACAUGUCUACUGGUGUGGAUAAUGACAUUAGUAAAAGUGCCUUUCUAACAUUCUGCCCUUCUCGUGUGGCGCGGCCGGAAUCCCCAGAAUGUAAAUUGGCCUCCCCCCCCCCCCCCCCCCCCCAAAUGUAUCCAACGUUGUGCUGUCCAACACAGUUGCUAUCUGAAUAAAAUAUCCUACCCUAUGUUUGUCGUUUGUCCCUCUGAUCACUACGUUCGUACUGUCUUUGGAUUUAUACAUGAUAUUACAGUAUCUUCUGUGGGUAGAUAUACUAGCUAUAAUGUAUAAAUACAAAAACCUGGUCGUCACAGAAAGCAAACCAGGACUCUUAUUUAAAUGUAGUCUGUUCAGAAUCAUUGGUUCAACUUGUACAUGUGGGGUUUGAGUUUUAUCUGCUCUCGGGGGAACUUAAAUUCUAACAUAUUAAUUUGUUAUGUCUUCAUCAAUGUCUGGCUACUUUGUAUAAUGUUGUCUACUAAAUUAAGGAAGGGUUUCACCUGAGGUCAACACUUCCUUGAGGUUAACUGCCGUUUCAACUCUAAGUUGUUAAACUUCCUUGUCUUGCAAUAAUUUCUACAUGAUCCACUUUCAUUGUGUGUCAAGCAUACAAUGUACAAGUGUUUUGUUGCGGGCAUGGUGCGUGUUUGAACACAGUUUUGUACAAUUGUUAAGUAAUGGGGGAAACAAACAAGUGGAAAAAUAGAAUUUGGGACAGCAAUCAAAUUUUAAUGCUUCAUACAAUACUAUGCCAUUAAAACACAUUAAGCUUCUCAGACGGAGGUUAAACAUUCCUUCUCAACGCCGGAAUAUGCUGCAGCUCAGAUUAGUCUAAGAGGUCACAAAAUAUUUAUUUAUUUAAGGUAAAAAAUCACAAGACUGAAUCAUAUCAACUUAAAAAAAAAAUAGCAAUAGUGAAAGGUGAAAGAAGUGCAAACAGUAAAAUAAGUCAAUAUUGUUAAGGACUGAAGCAAUAUUUGAAAAUGGAAGUUGCAACAGGUCAUCUGUUGGACGAAAGAGUUUGAGGUCGGGCAUAUUCCCAGCCUAAAGGAAAACGAUUUAAAGGGGACAUAUAAUACCAGGUGUGAGUGUGAUUAGCCAUUACAAGCCGUUUCGAAAAUCUGCAACGUUUACUUCAGUCCACUGGGAAGGCUGGUAGACUGAUCUAUCUCGCACACAUCUAGGUGGACACGCCCACUUGUGAUGUCAUAAGGGGCCAAUUUUUGAAACGGCUUGUAAGGCUAAUCACACUCACACCUGGUGGUAUAAUAUGUCCCCUUUAAACAAACAUUCAUAUUCAUCCAGCAUAUUUAAAAAGGGUCUUUCGGGCGGACUUCCAGGCAAAUCUCUGACAGAAUGACACAGUCUGCAGACAGAAAAGUAAAGUUUAGACUCUUGAACUUGGUAAUUUUGAAAAUGUUGGAAUUUGUAUACACAGUACUUUGUUUAUACUUACUCCACAUCUCACUGCGUUCCGUAAGUCCCUGCAUCUGAAGCUCUGUACAGUGCAAGGGUCCACAAACGCCUCCCCUGUUCCACACACACAGACACACACGCACGCGCGCGCGUUGGAUCACAACAAUCAUUUUAAACCAUGUGUCGUGGUAACUUAACCAUCGCAGCGCAUUGUAACCAAACAAACUUUCGUCAACCUUUACAAAUGUGGGAUGUGUGUUUUUUUAUUUUCUGCUGACUCACUGUUGAGGGCUCUUUCCUGCACUGAACACAGUUGGACCAGGGAACAGAUGGUCUUGGGUGUAAUGUGACUCAGCAGGGUAUCCAGCACCGUCUUGACGAAUGAAUCUACAAGGGCCUCACACUUAUCUGUGUAGGAGGCCGGGAGGAGGCCACACCCCGCUAGCAGGAUGUCCACCACUGCCGCCUGGCACAAUGAACAACAAGAUGUCAUGUGAUACCAAACCGGGGAGGAUGCAGUCGGAAGACAAAGCAUGCUUUUCCCCCCGAUGUGUAAUUGUGGGUUUUGGUGUGAUUAUGAAUGGAAGGAUCUUCUUUGUGUUUUGUUGUCUGCCCUCUUACCAGACAACCUCUUACCUCUGUCUUUUCUUUUGGGAACAUCUUCUGUAAAGCAUCCAUAAUGACCAGGCAGUAGGUGCAUUGAAUGGAGGACGCGCCCUGAAAAACAAGACCGACCCGUUCCUACCUUGAUACAAAAUACAAGCCCACGGAUAGCUAGGCCUUCUAAGUGUUUGUUGAUACUAAAGAAGAGUUUUGUGUUGAAACUACAAUAGAGGGUUUAUGUUACUACAGUGGUGCUUGUGUUGAAACUUUAGCAGAGGGUUUGUGUUACGACAGUCGGAUGUUACUAGAGUAGAGUGUAAGGGUUGAUACUAUAGUAGAAUGAUUGUGUUGAUACUACAGUGUAGUGUUGAUACUACAGUCGUGAUGUAAAUACAGUAUUUAGUGUUUACUGCAGUGUUUGUACUACAUUAGUGUUAUGGUUGGUACUACAGUAGAAUGAUUGUGUUGAUAAUACAGUAGAGUGUAAGGGUUUUUACUAGUGCUGUCAAGCGAUUAAAAUAUUUAAUCGCGAUUAAUGGUUGGCAUUAAUGGCAUAGUUAACUCACGAUUACUCGCGAGUAACCGCGAUUAAUCGCAAAUCUUUUUUCUAUGCUAAAUAUACCUUGAUUUCUUUGUCCCAUUAAUUGUUCUAAUUUUAAUGCUCUUAUCAACUUGGAGAAGUGCAUCGGCUUGCCUUGUGCAAAUGUUUUUUUAUUGAUAACAACAUUGGCAUAUACUGAUCAAAACAGGACGAUACAAAAAAAAAGCCUAAAUUGCAAUUAAACGAACAUACAAACAUAAUGCCUUGAACAUAGCAGUCAGGCUACUGCUUCUUUGUUUUGAGUUCUGUAAAUAUUGUUUUGAAAAUUAAAAAUAAUAAAUUGCGUUAAUCGCGCGAUAAAGAAAUUACCGCCAUUAAAAUUGGUUUGCGUUAACGCUGUUAAUAACGCGUUUAACUGACAGCACUAGUUUUUACUACAUUAAAGUUGAAGGGGUUGAUUAUACAGUAGAGUGUUUGUGUUGAUACUACAGUAGAGUGUUACUACUGUAGUGUUACUGUUGAUACUACAGUUGUGUUUGUGUUAACAGUAGAGGGCUUGGGUUGAUUAUUUGGGAUGAAAGCAAGGGAUUGAAGACUUGUAUCCACUGUACCGUGAGCUUGCUGUCUUCUCCUGCCCAUGGCAUGUCACUCAGGUCCAGAGCCUCGAUGGCGGCCCUCACACUCUGCUGGAUAUCAAUGAUCAGCUUCCUCUCAUGGCCGUCCUCUAAGUGCGAGCCACAUAGCCCAAGGAAAGAGCACACUUGCUCUGGUUGCUGUACAGAAUGUGAUAAGGAAUGAGCAGUGGCAUAUAUUGGUAAAGAUGGGUCUGGACUCCGCAAUUUCAACACAAAAGAGAAGCAAAUGGGGGACAAGACUAACUACAUGAACUAAGAUGAUCCGAGAUGUCAUUUAGUUUAGAAAAAAAGUUUUGAACUUACCACUGAAUUGGUGAUGAAAUUGAUUGCCAUUGGCAAGAUCUGCUCCACCUGCUGGCGGCAGAUCUGGCCAGAUUUGCCGGGGUUUGGCAAGUAAUCACACAAAA